AUGCAGUGGACGGCCGGUUCCUGGGAAAGCGAAGAGUGCCUUGUGUUUGGGCCGGCCUACUCUCAUGUUGUCCUGAGAACCCGUGCCCAAGGUUCCCAUCACACCUUUUUGCGAUCAGGUGGCGAACCUAGGACUGUUCCCCGGACAGCGAACCCUGGUGGAGUAUCCUCCAGCACCCCCGGCAGCCAGACUGAGCAGAGCAGUCUGACGCCAGGCCCAGUUUCCCUCUCGGUGAACCCAUGUCUUCCCUUUGACAGACCAUUCUGUCAGGCUCUGCUGGCAGUCGUUCCUCUCUAUUCUCAGGAUGUGGCCUCCAUAGUGCCCUUCUCUGGAAGGCUCGCUUCCCCAUCAUUACUGCCAAGAUCACCUAUGGAGUUUGAGGUAGCCGGAAGAGACUUUGGCAUAGGGGUCACAGAGAAACCUCUGACAACUACAAGAGCAACUACAACCACAACACCAGCGGACGGUACCAUCAGGCUCAUUGGGGGCCUGAACCGCUGCGAGGGCCGUGUGGAGAUAUUCCUGAGAGGAGAAUGGGGAACUGUGUGCGAUGACGCUUGGGAUCUGGCGGAUGCGAAGGUGGUGUGCAGGCAGAUGGGCUGCGGGCUGCCUAAAGCCGCCCAGGUGAUGGCCUACUUUGGUCCCGGCCGUAGCACAAUCCAGAUGGACAAUCUGAAGUGCACAGGCAGAGAAGCUGCUCUCACUCAGUGCUCUCACAUAGCAUGGAACGUCCACAACUGUGACCAUUCAGAGGAUGCCAGCGUCACAUGUGGACUCUAAUGACUCCACCCACCACAGGCCACGCCCACCGCAAGCCACACCCACCACCCCGGUCCAGUGAAUACAGUGGGGGCGAAAGAGUUUCCAGGACUUGUAUAAAUUUUGUACAUAACCCCUCACACCAACCGAGGAGAUUUUAAAGAGGAAAUAAUUAUUGGGUGUGAAACAAGAAAAAAUAAAUUAUGCUAAUACUGUUAUAUAAAUAACUGUAAUAAAUAUAAUGAAUGAAAAUUCUAAUUAUGCACUUUAUAAACUAUAAGAAUGUGUACACAUAGGUGAAUAAAUAUGCUGAACUAUUGAUAUACAGUGGAAACCAAAGUUUUAGACUCUUUUUAGAUUUCGAU